GUUUGUGGUCAGGCACCUCUGAACACCAGGAUUGUAGGAGGACAGGUGGCCCCCGAUGGCAGCUGGCCCUGGCAGGUCAGUCUGCAGAUAUUUGGUUUCCACUUUUGUGGAGGAUCCUUCAUUAACAGUCAGUGGGUGCUGACUGCUGCUCACUGCUUUCAAAGCACCAAACUGAGUGGUCUGACUGUGAAUCUGGGCCGUCAGCGUCUACAGGGAUUUAACCCCAAUGCAGUGUCUAAGACAGUGACACAGAUCAUCAUCCAUCCAAACUACAACUCUGAUACCAAUGACAAUGACAUCUGUCUCCUGCAGCUCUCCUGUCCGGUGGCUUUCACCAACUACAUUUCUCCCGUCUGCCUGGCAGCUUCAAGCAGCACCUUCUACAGCGGUGUUAACAGCUGGGUCACCGGUUGGGGCGAUAUAGGGAGUGGAGUGUCCCUUCCUUCUCCACAAAACCUGAUGGAGGUGGAGCUUCCUGUUGUAGGAAACAGACAGUGUAACUGUGACUAUGGAGUGGGAAGCAUCACUGACAACAUGAUCUGUGCCGGGUUACGUACAGGAGGAAAGUCUAAGGAGCUUGGAAAGAAAAGCGUCUGGACUACAGGAGGAAAGGACUCCUGUCAGGGGGAUUCAGGAGGUCCAAUGGUGAGCAAGCAGAACGGUCGCUGGAUUCAGGCGGGAAUCGUCAGUUUUGGGGAAGGUUGUGCUGAGCCGAAUUUUCCAGGAGUCUACACCAGAGUAUCCCAGUACCAGACCUGGAUCAACAGCCGGAUUUCCUCCAACCAGCCGGGCUUCAUGACGUUCACGUCCACUGGGACCAACAGUGACCUCAAUGUCACCUGCCCGAAUAGCAGCGAGGGUCGUCCUGCUCACUCCUUCAUCUUUGUCUUCUUCCAUCUCCUCAGCCUCGCCUUUUGUCUCCAGCUCUUCCUGUAG